GUUCACAACUUUUAGUCGGGCAGUCAGCUGCUGACAGCUCGAAAGCUUCGAAAGUAUCAACGAUGACCCGAAAUAACAAGAGGAAUGUUGCUGUCGGUGAAGCGUUUCGCAUAGCCGUCACGACGGCACUUCAAAAAUUCUAUCAUACUGAAGACCAGACAGAAUAUGAGUUUCCGUCAUCAUUCACGGCUGAGGAGCGAGCAUUUAUACACAACUACUGUCAGACGCUGAAUCUGAAGUCAAAAAGCAGAGGGAAAGGAUCGAAUCGUUUCCUUACUGCCUAUAAGAAAGUUGGUUCCACUAUAGUUCAGGCUGAUGCCGGCUUUACUAUGGGGCCCCUCUCGUGCCGAUUUGCCAUGCUGCUUCUGCAGAAGUUUCCAGUUAAUUCUCAUGAGCGCCAAGAGCUAUUGCCUCCCACUGAGCGAGAACGCCUUGUUGGUCAGGAAGUGCGUGACGUGAACCGCACAACGGCGCGACUCAACUGUGGCAUUCCACAAAUUCCACCUCGCUGUGAAAGCACCCUCGAUGCCCAGCGCCAGCGUCUACCCAUCUGGCAGAGCCGCCAAAAGUUACUGACCACCAUUGCCCAGAAUCAAGUGACCAUCGUCAUAGGAGAAACUGGCUGCGGCAAGACCACUCAGGUGCCACAGUACCUGCUGGAACAGAACUGCAGCCUUGGUAAUCCGUGCCGCAUUGUCUGCACUGAGCCCCGACGACUGGCUGCUGUGGCUGUGGCCGAGCGCAUUGCUACAGAACGAAAUGAAAAGUUAGGCCACACUGUGGGCUACCAGAUACGACUAGAGAACAGGGUGUCACCUAAAACUUUGCUGACAGUGUGCACUAAUGGCAUCCUCCUGCGUACCCUCAUGGGCAAUGACUCUGCAAUGGCAACAAUCAGCCAUGUCAUUGUGGACGAGGUUCAUGAGAGGGACCGGUUUACAGACUUUUUGCUUACUGUGCUGCGGGACUUGCUUCCAAAGUUUCGGAAUCUAAAAGUGAUUCUGAUGUCUGCAACCAUGGAUGUGGAGCUGUUUGUCAAAUACUUUGGUGGCUGUCCUGUUGUGGAAGUGCCAUCACGAUCAUAUGAAGUGAAGGCUUACUUUCUGGAGGACGUCUUACGAUUGACGGGGUACACCAGCCAAGCCAUGCUGAAGCUGAAGAAAAGCAGGCCCCGGGCUGAGCAGCAGAAGGUGCAGCUUGCCAAGUGGUGUGAUAGCCAGGGCAUAACCACAACUAGUACUGCCCCUUCAGCUAACAGUCGGUCACCUGAGGAGGACCAGGAGGAGAAGGACAAUGGCGAUGACGGUGAUUCAGCCGACGUUGAUGCGCACCUGACUGCAGAGAUGGACCGUGCUCUGCAGAAUGCCUGGAUGACGGGAACAGAUGAGGCUUUCUCCCAGCUGCUCUACUACAUCCUCUCAGACAAUGUCUCAGUCGAGUACCGUCACAGUGAGACGAGUGCCACGGCACUUAUGUUAGCAGCUGGUCGAGGCAAGGUGGAAAUAGUGGAGGAGCUGCUGUCUCUCGGAGCAGACCCCCUGGCUCGCGCAUCAAACGACUGGACAGCCCUUGAUUGGGCACAGCACUUUCACCAGUCGGGGACAGCCGAAGUUAUCCUGGCUCACUUGUUGGUCAUGCAGAACGGGCUUUCAAGGUCGGAUGACUCUGUUGGCAUGGCUGAGCAGGAGUUCACAGCGGCUGAGCGUGAGCAGCUGGAUUUGUACCUGCGCACAACGAAUGAUGACGAGACCGACCUAGACUUGCUGCUAGCCCUUCUGCAGAAAGUCCAUGCGAGUUCUGAAGAUGGUGCCAUUUUGGUGUUCCUUCCUGGGUUCGAUGACAUGAGCACGUUGAGGGAUAAAAUCCUGGCAGAUAAGAAUUUUUCUGGACAGAAAAGGUAUGUCCUGUACAUGCUACAUUCAAACCUGCAGUGUAGUGAGCAGCGGCUGGUCUUCAACACAAUGCCACCUGGGGUUCGAAAAAUUGUUCUGUCAACCAAUAUUGCUGAAACAAGCAUCACCAUCAGUGAUGUCACUUUUGUCAUCGACUCCGGCAAAGUUAAAGAGAAGUCAUUUGACAGCCUGACCGGCACCAGCCUGCUCAAGUCUGUGUGGGUGAGCCAGGCAAGUGCCAUGCAGCGUCGAGGCCGGGCGGGCCGCACCCACCCCAAUGGCGUCUGCUUCCACCUAAUGAGUCGACAGCGCUUCUGCAGCUUGGCUUCUUUCCAGCAGCCCGAGCUGCUGCGCCUACCACUUCAGGAAUUGUGCCUCCAGGCAAAGCUUCUUGUGCCACCUAACGUCCCCAUAGCUGACUUUCUGGCACGAGCUCCGGAUCCACCUGCGUUCUUAGUCACGAGAACAGCUGUCACCCUCCUGAAGACCAUCGAUGCAUUGGACCCAUCUGAGCAGCUAACAGAGAUGGGCCUACACUUGCUCGACCUUCCCAUUGAGCCACACCUGGGGAAGAUGGUGCUCUAUGCAGUUGUACUCAAGUGCCUCGACCCAGUGCUUACAAUUGUUUGCUGCAUUGCUGUCAAGGACCCCUUUGUGCUCCCCACGCAACCGGGCCAGAAGCGACCUGCGUACUUAGCGAGGCGCAAGCUGGCUGGUGGCACCUACAGCGACCACAUGGCUCUUCUUGCAGCAUUUCAGCGCUGGCAGAAGGCCCGUGCCGAGAACUCUGAGCGCUACUUCUGUGAGCGGCACUUCGUGUCUGGCGCCACCAUGUCCACCGCAUUGGCUGUACGGGGCCAGCUGCUGGGCCAGCUUCGGGCAUCGGGCUUUGUGCGGUCACGUGGCGGUGGUGACAUUCGUGACCUCAACACCAACUCUGACAACUGGGCUGUGGUCAAGGCAGCUCUCUGUGCAGGCUCCUACCCAAACCUCCUGAGAGUUGACCGGGAACGCCGGCAGCUGGUUGCCCAGCGUGCCUCGCGAGUGCGGUUUGGGUCACGUUCAGUCCUGUCCCAGCCGGAACCUCAUAGCUUGGGUGCACCAGGAGCAGCCAACACUCGUGACGGGGUUGUGGCCUCGUUGCCCACUGACUGGCUCAUCUAUGGCGAGUUGGCCAGAGCGGGGCCCACAGCCUUUGCCCACAUGUGCACACUGGUCUCGCCCGUAACAGUGGCACUGUUUGCUGGCCCCCAGCGCCUUCCUCUGGAUGCACUGUAUGAGCCGCAAAAUGCACGGACCAGUGGCCUUGGAGAGGACAGUGACAGUGAAGAAGAGGAGGUGUCAGAGCUACAGAAGUGCAUGCUCAAGCUGGAUGACUGGAUUUCUCUCAAGGCAGAGCCUGAGGGUGGUCGUCUGGCAUUACAGCUGCGCCAGAAACUGCAGGCACUGUUUCUGCGUCGCAUGCAUUCUCCAGCCAAGCCAUGGUCACAAGCGGAUGACGCUGUCAUUCGUGCCGUUGUGGGGGUACUCACAUCGGAGGAAGAGGCCCUGAAUCUGCCACGACCACCUCCAGGCAUCGGACAGCGACCGCGACCUUCUGGCCCAGAUGCAUACACCUUGCCUCAGCCAGCUGCCAAUGAUCACAGGAGCCAGGGUGGGUCAGAGUGCUUUUCCGGUCGCCGAGCGGUCCUCCGCCGUGGUGGGUCCCUGGAGUACGGCCCCAGCUCAUCACCAUCCUCUCGCAGAGGCUCUGGCGCCAGCCUGCCGGCAACUCCCUUGGGCAUGGGGCGCUCAGAUGCAGGUAGCUCGUGGUGCUCCGAUGACCGUUCCGACUGCUCAUCUCUGCGCUCGACAAGCAGCGGUCAGCCGAGCCCGUGUGGCAUGAGCCCCAGGCACACUGUCAAUGGCCAUCGUCGAUUUUUCAUCAUCAAGGCUGGCACCCACCGAGCCGUCGAUGUGUCUGUCUCCACGGGCCUGUGGUCCUUGGGGCCCAAUACAGAUCGCAAGAUACAGGCAGCCAUCAGGGAAGGCAAGGAAGUGAUGCUCAUAUUUUCGGUGCAUGGAAGUGGGCAGUUCCAGGGCUAUGCCGUGCUCCAGGGACCAGCCUCCAACAUGAACUGGUCCGCUGAUGACAAUGAUGGCAGCUUGGGCGGCCGGUGCUACUUCAUCAAAUGGAAACACAGGUGUAAUCUGCCUUUCCAGGACACAAGGCACCUGUUGAAUCCCUGGAAUGAGAACCGGAAAGUGCAGGUCAGCCGUGACGGCCAGGAACUUGAGCCCAACGUUGGUGAGGCCCUGUGCCAUCUUUGGGAUGGCCGUCCUGAUGCUGCUGCCAUCCAGUCCGUUAGGCGCUGACAGGACUUCGUGUCUCCCACUCAUUCCCAGUAGCCACCACUGAGAAGUCGGAGACACACUUCUUGCAAGAUUGGCUGCAUGAACCAUGCUGGCAAGAGCAACACAAAAUUGUGUUGGUUGUUUUGGACGCUCUGACCCCGAGUAGCAUUGUGCCCCUAUUUUUUGCAUGGUGCAUUGAGUCUCAAGCUCACCUUGCACACAUCUGUGUGAAGCAUCAACAUUUGCUGCUUAACUACGUUAAUUUUGUUUGUUUUACAUUUCAAUAAUUGAAACAAGGUGCUGCAAGUUCAAGCACGAAGCAGCUACUACAGAUACAACGUGCUACCUUUAUGUCGUCACAUGGUUUGAGUUCUCAUGCGACAAAUAACUCGUUAAGUCAGUUUUGCUUAUUAAGUUCGUGAGAAUUUGAGAAUGUUUGUGCCGAUCAUGGGAAACAAAUGUUUUGUCGCUUUAAGAAACUUUUAUGCUUGGACACUGUGCAUUGUGCAUUGUGCACAUGAAUUGCCCGCCCUAAAUUCCUGGGUUCUAAAGCUCAGGAAAUAGGGCAGGAGAGGUACUUCCAUCUUCUUUUGGCUAAAAUAUAAAACUCUCAGCUUCUGAUUCUGUGAGCGGCAUUUGUUUGUAGUACCUUUGUUGAAAGUUUUAACACCAGAGUGAAAGUACUUGCAAUGUCCAGGGGUAGCAGCUUGCAUGGCGAUUCCUGUUUAUGAAGAUUAGGUUAGUUGUCUUGGAACUCCCCGCUUCAGAUUGAAUCAGCGGCUUCUUGCAAGCUUGCUGAACGUUUUAGCUUCUACACAAAUGUACUUGCUAGGGCCUCUAGAUAUCAGGGCUAGGAGAGGCAGUACAAGUAGCAGCUUGUAGUUGUGACUCUCUUGCCUUUGCUGUGGUCACUACAGUGUUUUACAUUAGCCAUCUGCAGGAUGCUCUUCACAGCUCUCCAACCAAACGCUUUGAUUUCAGACAGGUUGGGCAGAAGAAAACUAAUGUGUAUCUGCCCUCGAAACAACUGAACUGGGCAUUUGUCACGUUGUUGCCGUGCCUUUUUCUAUUUUUGUGCCAGGUAUCACUGUGCAUGUUGUUAAUGAAAUGGCAGAUAAAAGGCAAGGAAGUCUGCAGCGUGCACAAUUCAUGAGACUCACAAAUCUAGCAAUGCUGCCAAAACCAUGAUGACAGCGCCACCUGGGUGACAAUCCCUGCAAGGCCAACUGCCUAUCUUUUAGUGGAACUCAUAGGUCUGUCAAGAAGCAACCUGUAGAAAUAGUGGUAGUGCAGGUUAAGAUAAGCUGAUACGCUUGUGGUAUUUUGUGAUGGAGCCCGAGUAGUCUUCGCCCUCCUUGUUCGAUCAUGACACCGUGUGUCAUGUGUAUUUCAGCAAGCUGAGCUAUGGUUUAUGAAAUUUUCUGAAGCAAAAGAACUCCUCAGCAUAUUUAUUGCAAUGCAGUGUACAUACAGGGUUUUCGUAAAAGCAUUGUGCAUGUAACAUCAUUCAGUAUUCGAAUGCUUGAAUUAUUGGCAAUGCCAAUGCACAACCUUUGUCAACUAGACCUUGUCAUGCAUUCGCAGCUGCUUAGCCUUACUUGAUUGGUAUGCUUGCUUAGGCUCAAGCAUGGUGCACUGAGAAUAUAAUUUUCCAAUGCAUAUCAAAUGCAACUGUGCCACAAGAAGCAUUAACAAAUGUUUUGAUGUGCAUUAUCUCAGCUCAUUUUGGUGUCUGGAUAUGCUGUGGUCACUCAGUAAGAGAUUUAUAUAUUUUGUAGGCUUGCAUGUACAUCCCGAGCUACCUGCUUCAUUGUUUUGGGUCAUUACAAGUAGACACACUCCUCAGAGAAGUCUCAUGUUAAGGUAGCUUUGCUAGAUUAUCUUUACACUUGUUUGCAUAACCUCAGUUUCACUUGUGAUGCAUGAUAUAUUAGGAUCACAGGGCACAGUGAUGGAUAAUAGCCAUAGGCAUGACAAGACUAUGUGAAUGUAAAGGUUGCUAGAGGUAGUGUUUGUAGGAAAAGCUUCAGGACGUCCAAUUAAGCUUUGUGGUGAUGCAACAAUUACUGGUGUUGAUCUGCUCUGUAUGUAAGAGUGCGAAGGCCUGUAUAAGCCUAGAUGCCUGUCUAUUACUAGGUCAGGCCAGUGCCAGUACAAAGUGACUUUACAUUGGUUGCACACACUUUGGCCUAGGAACAUUUGCAACAGAUAGCACAUCACAAAAAGCUUAAGGCUAUGUCUUCUCAGUGUGCCCACACCAGACAGGGUUUCAUCUCUCUGUAUAGAGGUCACAUGUACAGAAUAGAGCUUUUAAAAUGUAUUGUUGAUAGGUUUGCACUGUCAUGUUGGUGAAGACAAUGCGAUUUUUCAUGGCAGACGUGCUGUGCCAUUCUAGUCCCUACAUUUGAAAGAGACCGUUGGCAUACACCUGAAAGUUGCACAGAGCUGCAAAGAAAGCUCACCCCAGUUUCUCCUAAAGAAUGCCUCGAACGCUUUAAAUUUGGGCUACUUUCAGAUGGAUGCCAACAUUCAUGAAACCAUCUUCUUGUAAAUUUCCACGGAACUCGUUUGCCGAGACCCUACAUCUGUGAUCAAGGGAUCUGCUCUAAUUUCUUUUUUUUCUUGUACUGCCAAGAGGUUUAUUAUGUCUAGUGCUUUUGUUUUCACUUGUUCUUUAGUAAAUUGUUGUAAGACUGCAAUGGAAUCUCAUUGUACUUGGUGUUCAAAUGUUGUCUGAUCAUUAAAUACAUUUUUUCGUCAA